AUGCCGACGGGUUAUGUCGCCCGUGACGACCCAGAGAAGAAGGUGCUUGAGAUUCUCGAGAGAGAGAAAUCCGUUGGUAUUGUGUCCUCCCAAGGUAUUCACGGUCCAGGAGGUGUCGGUAAAACGUACCUAGCCCAGGCUGUGGCCUGGAAAAUGCGCGGUAAAAUGGAGGUAGUCUUUGUGGAAGUCGGCACAAACCCCAACAUGCUCAGCAUAAUGAAUAGUUCUUUUUACCCUUAUCUUGAAAAUGGCACUAAGGGCAAUUUCACCGAAUUGGAAGAUGUUUGGAUAUGGUUAAGUAAGAUCACAAAAAAGAAGAAAGUUCUCAUUGUUUUAGAUGACGUCUGGUCGGAAAAAACGACCAUUCAGAUUCUAUGGCAGAUGAGAGAGGCCCUAUCCGACGGAAGUCAACUUCUAUAUACAACACGCACGAAAGAUCUCUUGCUUAAAGUCAAAGCGACACCUUAUGAGCUAGGGGUGGUUCCUGAAGCGGAGAGAUGGGACUUCUUUGUGAACUGCGCGGCCUUGAAUUUAGAGGAUGAACAAGUAAAAGCCAACACAGAACAAAUAGGCAAAGCAAUUAUAGAAAACACAGACGGACUACCUAUUAUCUUAGACAACUAUGCACAGCACCUAAAACAGGGUACAGAGGGGGUUAGUUUCCAAGAUCUGCUGAACCAAAUUAAAGAUGAAGUGACAGGAAGUGAACAGUGGUUAGAGCGUAGUUUCCAUGCGUUGAAACCCAGUACAAAUUUCAUAGAUUGCGAUGUGCUUUCAUUGCCAAAGUCGAAUGAUCUCAACCGCGUGCAGCAGUUGUUCUUGUGUCUCGGGGUCUUCAAGGACGAUGAGCGUUUUCGAUCAUCAGUGCUGGAAACAAUAUAUAAAUUAUCUGACGAAAUCAACGCAAGCGAAGAGGAUAUCAAGAAAAUUGUACACGAAGAUCUGAACAUCCUCGCCAAUCACUCAUUGAUCAAAUUCAUACAUGAGCAGAAUGGCGAUCUGACAUACACCAUGCACGACAUUGUGCGAGAAUAUGCGUUGAAGAAGGGGGAACAGACCUUUAGGUACAAGGAAUCAGGCAGAUGCUUUGGCCAUCGACUUUGA